CGAAGCGUCGUACAGUCACUGCCUAAUCCAGACACCUCAGUAUAUCCCCCAGAAAAUCGGCCCCACAGGAAAACAAUAUGGCGUCUGUUCGACAAGCAGACACUGCAUUGUGGCUUCAUAACAAGUUAUCAUCGGACGAUUCUUGGUCUGGCAGCAGUUUACGUUCGCUUCUGACUCACGAUGUGCUUCGUAAUAUUCCAGAAUGCUUUCAUAGGCUUGAAACUCAGGUGAAAGUUAAACUGUUGAUGGCCUUUCUUCACCUCCCUCGUCGUGUUAUCGAAGAAACUACCGCCGAAAUGAGCGAAAUUUUCGAGAUUGGAAGCCACGACGAAGAUGAAUGGGUCCGUGUUUUAUCAGAGAUUCUUAAAUACUACCCCAGUACGGGAAUGCUGAACGUUAACCUCGAUGAAGUUAGUCCCGUGUUUGCAGAGGUGACUCAGGAAAUAAAGAAGACAAGUAAGCUAAGCAAAGUGAAAGUCAAAGUUUUUAUGAUCAUACAGGGGAAAAAUAGUGGGAAUUAGUUCAAUAAGAUUUUCGUACAGCCCCAUACGUUUUUUAUGCAUAUAUAGAUAUUUGGCUCUAUCCAUAUUCGUUAUUUUUGUGAAACAGUAUGAAAUGGCUGCAUGCAUAUUACAUGUAAAUGUAAGCCAAAAUGUGUUGUGUUUCAAUUUUAUUUUACUCUUCUUUGUUUGAAACUCAUUAUCAUUCAUUAGCAUACCUAAAAGAAAUGAAAAUAUAAUUUGAAUCGAGGAUAAAAUUGAACCACAGCAUGUUAUGUACAACUGGAUGGGGCUGUAAAAUGAAAUCUUUAUCGUGAUUUAAUGUUGUUUGAUAACUGCCUUGGGGAUGUUCCAUUUUUUAUCUGCACUUCGCGCCCCCCCCCCCCCAUCUCUGCUGUCCUUAAGGGGGCUCAGAUUUUUUCUUCAAGGCCAACAAAAUUUGGACCCUUCUGACAAUUUUUCAAAGGUGAGGAUUUUGAUUCCAGUCGUCUUCCUAAUGGGGCAAGGAGCAGAUAGAAAAUAGAAUGUCCCCUUAUAAAGUAAAAAUGACAACCGUCUUUUGCUUCCCAUUGGCUUAUGGGAUUUGAACUACCUGAAAUGUGGAUGAUCACAGUGAACACACUUUUGUCAAUGGUUAUAGGAUUUGAUUAUUUGAAGCAGACUUUGAAUAGGACACUUUGGUUUUAAUAGAAUUAAUUUGCGAAUUUCUUCUAGUAUCCUACAUGUACAUGUCGGUCAAUCAUAAGAGCAAAAAUAAAUCCACCAAAAUAAACAUCUAGUUUAAUCAUUGCCAUUCAUUUUUAUAAGUAGAAUGGCAGUGAAUGAGAAUUAAUACCACUUAAAAUAACUCAAUAUCACACAUUGUCUUUUAUUUAUUUGUUUUUCUUUCAUUCAUUUAUUUUCUUUUCUUUUUGUAGUGGCAAACCUUCCAGAUAGUGGAUCAAGUUUUCUUCCCUUGGAAUGCCUUUAUUUAAAUAGGUCUGCACUUGUUGCCAUGGUUGGUCCACAGCCCCCACUCUCUAAACACUUCACACUCAAAAGAAAACCCAAAUCUGCUGCCCUUAGAGCAGAGCUCACACAAAAAGGUAUUUUUUGGUUGAUAAAUAACUGAAAACAUGGCUACUUUCUGGAAUUACUGGUAUUAUUUUAUACAGCUAUGGCUAAAGAGGCUGUACAAUACUACAAAAUAAUGACCCCUGAUCGCAAAUGAUCCCCAGACCACAAAUGAUCCUCAACCAAAAAUGUUCCUUUUAUGAAAUAACAUUUAUCCUGAAAGUGAACAAAUGAGUUUUUUGUUAGAACUGCUGUAAUGUUUGUCUUUUGUUUUGUUUUUUCAUGAAGCCAGUGAAGCAGUAUCUGCUCAGAAAAAGGGACUUGUUGGUUCUGGAAACAAGCUUCAGUCUCCAUCAAAGAAGUUUGAAGCUCCUGGUUAGUGGAUUGGCUUUUUUUUUUAAAUUCCAAACAAUAUUCUCCAAACUUUUCUUUAACUGCUAUAUAUAUGUUGUAGUUGAUUUUUUAUCUCAGGUAAUUUUUGUUUUUCUGUUGUUUUUGGGUAUAAUAAUGUAUGCUAACGAAGUUGAAACAAAGGAAAAAUAAAAAUUACCUGAGUUAAAAAAUUAACUACAACAUAUACACCGUGCCUCAGCAUGCAAUGCCAUUGUAGGAAGAAUGUAUAGAUAAUUGUCAUUAUUGCAAUCCACGCUUUAAAGAAUUUAAAUGUGGAAUCAGCUGUGCUGUUUUGUCUAAAACAAAGGAGAUUUUUAAUAAGCAAAAUCCUAACACGGUCGUUCUGUGUUAACUCCUGCUUCUUUUGUCCUACCGUGUGGAUGUGUUGUGCACGUGUCAUCACCAAAGUGGCUAAAAUCCUGUGGAGGGUCACAUUUGCAUGAAUAGGCAUGCUUGGAUCUUUUGCUUUACCACUUGUGCAGAAGACUCAAACCUUUACAGUUACCUUACCAGUAGACUUGUUAAUAAAACGAACAAAGCAAACUUUGUCUUAAGAAGGGCUCAGUUACUUUGUUGUUGUCUGCAUACUUAAAUGGGAAAAAGGGUACUUGAUUAUUUUUUCGGUUUAACACCUUGUACCUUUUUUCAAUAUGCUCGGGGCUUUCAUCAGUGUCUUGGGCCGGGGACUUUCCCUGGCUACAAGGAAAUUGAACCUUUGCUACUUUCAUGGGAAAAUAGCAGAAAAUAGAACCAACAGAAAUCUCUCGCUGUUUGAUCCCCAGUGACCACACUGUACAUCUUGUACAUGUAUUUAUCUGACAACUUAAGAGUUUAGUAACAACUAUGUGCUGCCUUUCACAGUCACGUAAUUCUUUGAAUCCUACUUUCUCCAUUGCAAGACAGUACUUAAACACUGUGUUCCAAUUAUUAUAGUUUUCUGUCACCUGUUUGGGUCAUUUUUUCUUGCCUGAGAUCUAACUUUUCUUUGUCUAAUGGAUCCUUCUAAUUUCAUAGUAAGGGUUACUCCGAGAACAUCUAACCCUGCAAGUUAUCGUCCUGUGCCGGCAAAUAGAGCUACUCCAUCGAGCAGUUCAUCAAGGAGUAUUAUCUCUGCUGCAACACUUAAACACCAUGGACGAACUAAGGUACUAUCAUCUGUCAUUAGUGCCUUGAUUAUACAACAAUAUAAUGCUUAAUUUUAAACCAAGUGCUCCCGGGUAUGACUCAGUGUAUUAUGGGAUAAAUGACAUGAAACCCACAUAGUUAGAAGAGGAAACAGAGAUUUACAAGAUCCUCAAGUUGGUGUUUCUGAGGUACAUGUAGAGCCACUCAAGAGCUCAAAAAUUUGCUGAGAAACAUUUUUAUAUCCAGAAAAUAAUACAACCGUUAGUAAAUUUUCAAGCUUUUAAAAGCUACAUGUAUAUGUUGUUCAAUAUUGGCCCAAUUAACAACAAAGUUUAUUAGUUAUACAUGUAUAAAACUCUAUGUGCUCUUUUUGACUUUGUUGGUCUUACGUUAAUAAUCCCAAAAUACUCGGACUAGUACCCAGCCCCCCUCAGUUUGAAACCAGGCAGUGGCUGAUAAAAAGUGCUGAUUUGCUCAGAAUAAAAUAAUGAAGUACUCAUUUGUUACUACUUCAACAAGCUGACCACUUCACAUUUGUUUUGAAACCCCUGUGUCAUUUCCACUUCAGAAAAAAAAAAACUAGACUGCAUCUUAAUCCAAUUCUUCAUUUGAAGAGUAUUGUAGCAAUGUCAGAAGCCAUAGGAGAAACGACUAUAUCCAAAUAGACUUUAUAUCCAACUUAAUUAAUGAUAAUCUUUUUUACGAGUUAGCAAAAGUAGCUGUGUGAUAAUCUACCAGAUGAUGAUUGAUUCUCCUGUAAGCAUGAAACACAAAUUUCAUUCUGCUUUUUAUAAUACAUGAGUGCAUAAAAAUCCAAAGUCUUCACUCCAUAAAUUUUUUGUUUUUGUUUUGUUGGUUUGUUUUGUUUCUUUUUGCUGAAUUUUUUUCGUGUUGUCGCAUGAACUUUCCCUAGCUUUUAGACAUAACUUUUUUUUUCUGCUUUGUUUUGCUUUUUAUUGCUGAGAUUUAUUGUUUCUUACCUCACUGAAGAUUAUUUUUUUUCAUGUGAACUUUCCCCAGCUUUUAGACAUAACUGAGCAGCCAAUUGGAGGUGGACGAGAACUUAAGAGAAGAAAGAAAUUAGCAGGUUAGAAGAAGCCAUCUGGUCAAAAAUAAGUCGUGAGUUGAUGGGUAUCAGCUGAAAUAUUUAAGCAAAAGGUUCUCCUUAAUUAUCCAAAUUCAUGAUGCAUGUAUGGCAAUGGUGCUGGCUUUAAUGGUGGAAUGUCAUUAACUAAUGAAGUAACAUGAUACUUUAUUAUUCAUUGUAUCACUAAAAAUUAAUGUUAAAUGACUAAAUACAGUAACAAGAAUGAUGUUGUUAGAUGUUUCAGCUGGUUGCUGUUUGUUCUCAUCAGUUCUACUGACUAUCCUCUCUUUGCCACUUCAUACCUUACCAUCCCAAACUAAAUGUGUACUUUCUUAGGAAACUGGGCAAUUUAGUUUGAAUAAAACUCUUACCCUUCAUCCCCAGCUUAAAUAAGACAAUUAUUUUGAACUUUGUGUGAAAUUUUUACCUGAUGAAUGUGCAUUUUUUUCGUUGUAUUUUGUUAUUAAAUAUAGUCUCAAGCACAUAUAUGUUUUUUUCUCACUUCUUUGUAAGAUCUAUUUCAAAGUGAUAACAAUUAGUUUUUAAACAUUUCAGAUUCUGAACAUGCAGAAGAGGCUAAGCAUAAAAAAGUAGACAACACAAAGCCACCAGAACCAAGCACACCCAAUUAUGCGGCAGGGCUGACACCUGUCACUCAACCAUCAAAGGUAUAAUACUUUAAUUUUUAGUUAUAUAAUAGUUACUUUAUCCUCUGUAUAGUAGUGUUGAGACCAACUACAAGUCAAAUCAGCUUUUCUUUUUAAUUUUUGACAAAAAGCAUGGAGCCCCCUAACCUGUGGAGUGAGGGGGAGGGGGAGGGGGAAAGGAGACUCCACUGCACCCCCAUGGGUUUGGGGGUUUGGAUGGCUGACAUUUUAGAUUGUGAAGGAACAAGCUUGUUUAAAAGCUGCUAAAUGGUUAACAUUAUUAAAGACGUUUUUUCCUUGACAAAUCCUGCUUCAAAAGUUUGUCAUGAAGAAUAAUCCACAUCAACUUCCAUGUUGCCUACUUUUUAUUCCUAAACAAGACUUGUUGGGUUGUUAACAUUGUUGAUUCUUUUGUCUCUGUAACUAAAAGACACCUUCAAGUCCUGAAGUACCAUCAGCAAGCAUGGCCCCACCAUCAUCAACACCAUCCUAUGUGCCACAGCAGGCAGCAUCAAGCACAUCACUGUCUCCACCAUCAGACACACUCAGUGAAAGUACUAUUAACCUCAAGAGAGAGUUAGAGGUAAGACAUGUCUCCUUUCUCUUCUAUUUUAUUUUAUUUAUUUUAUUUUUUGCUACUAAAUUACCAUAUAAUUUUCCAUCAAGGAAAAAUUAACAAUGUGGUUCCUGCAGUAAGUCCUAUUCACUCCUUCAGGGAUCUUUGGAAAUUCUGAGGGGAGGGGGUGUUAAAGACCAAAAAAAAAUAAGAAAGAAAAUAUGAAACUACACUGGAGUUUUCAGAGGAGGGGAGGGCAGGUUCAACCUUAUAACUGCAUCAUGAGUGGGGGAGUAUGGAUUGGAUAUUUCAACACAAUCCCAGAGAAAACUGCUAGGGAUCUCAAAGGUUUUGAUAUAAAUUUAUUCCCCAAAGCAAAGAGCAAACCGGCAGAAAACCAGUGGCAAGCCAGUUUUUCAAGGUUUUUCUGCUGUAACAGUAGCCAUGUGCUGAAAUUCAGUAACUUUUGGAGCACUCUCAAACAUGCAUUGAGCAAAAUCGUAGUCAUUUUUGCUCGGAGAAAAUCCAAUAUAAUGUGAUAAUAUGGCUUCAUGUAGAUAUUAAAUAAAUUAUAAGUGUUGAGUGAAAGUUGGAAAUGGGGGGAGGGUAGUGCUUCUGUAUCCUUCAAGACCCAGUGGCAGCUAAUUCCAGAAGCAUAUCAAUUCCUAUUAAUUUUUGUGAAAGACCAGCAAAUGUAUUAGAUUAAAUAGUUCAAAUGCUAAGCUCUGGAGCUGGUUUGGUUAUGAGUAAGUGGUUUUUCGGUUCACCAUUAAUUCAUCUUGUAUACUUUGUAACUACAAUGUAGCUUCCCCCCUUGGUCUCCAAGGAUUGUGCGUGUCGUAUUUGAUGAAACAAUUUUUUCAAAUUUAAACAUAUAUGUUGAUGUCAGAGGUGGUCUCUCUUUUCUACUAAAGCUUUGUUAUCCCAUACAUCCAAACACUUGUGCUUGAUUAUUAUACAUAUCCUCAUCAUUGUCAUCAUUAUACUUUCUCUCUUGGUAUCAUUAUCGUCAUCGCCGUCAUCAUCAUCAUCAUCAUCAUCACCAUCACCACCACCACCACCACCACCACCACCAUCACAUCAUCAUCAUCGUCGUCGUCGUCGUCGUCAUUGCUACCGUCAUCGUUAGUAUUAAUAUUAUUAGUAUGUGUAAUCAAAUGGUGACGAGUGAAAUUAGGGAAUAAUUUCACGCGCGUUUUGUCCAAAUCCUUAUAAGGCUCGGGAAAUUAUUAGGAUUUGGACAAAACGCAAGUGAAAUUAUUCCCUAAUUUCACGAGUAUACCAUUUGAUUACCUAUUAAUAUCAUAGGUGACGAAUUAUGUUAGCAAUCUUGGAUUUUUGACAUGUUUAUCCUGGAUCGUAUCGGUCGAGAACUCCACUCUCUCGAACGUUUAGAGCUUAAAUUUGGCUUAAGUUCAGAAUUUGUCGACAAAAUACCUGUUAGAAUCCUUCUUGAUAAGCUCUUUCGUGUGUUCAGGUUUUCUAAAGCGUCUUUUUAUGACCUGGCGUCUUCAUUCAUGACAUUUUAAAACUUCGUCGCUAUCUUGACAGUGAGACGUACGGAAGGUUGCCAUGGCAAUUUUGUAAUUUCACAUGUGAAAUUACAAAUUAUCGCUGAAAUUUCGCGCCAAAAUUAAGGAGUAAUUCGUCACCUAUGAUAUUAUCAUCAUUAUUAUUAGAUGCAUGUGGAACAUCAGCGACAGUUGAUGAUGAGAGAAAAACAACAGAAACAGGCUGCAGCUGCAGCAUUAGCAGCUACCUCCUCGACGUCAACAACACCAUCCGCUGCAGAUUCUACAAGAACACCCUCUGCAGCCUCCCCUGGUGUCCCUGGCAACAGUCAACAGCAACAGGGGAGCAAACGACAGCUUACCCUUACUGUGAGUACACUUCCCGUGACCCUUUCACUAACAAUGGCUAAAGAUAAUGUUACCCCUAAAAAUCAAAUCUCUCAAAAAGUUUGAUCUUACGCUCAAACUUUUGAAUUAUUACUUGACUGAUUUUUAGACCGAAUUAACGAAUGUCACAAUCGAGGCACGUUUGGGCUUCAAACCAAAAUUUAAUUACCAAAUAGAGUUCUUGCUCCUCAUGGGAGGGAUUGAGGAUAACAACAGAACGGCAGCGAAAUCGCUUGCGUUCAGCUAAGCAAACUAAGUUAGCGCGUGGGGAUGUGAACAUGAUAGCCGUUUACAAUCAAAGUCAAUAAUUAACCUCGAUUCCUUUGAAUGUUAGCAUUGAAGGAUAAAAACGUCGUAUCUCGUAGUGUUUCUUCUCCAUACUCACUAACCAACAAAAUGAUUUUGUUACAGUACCCCUGCGUCCCUGACGCAUUAAAAUCCGCAAAGACGCAAAAUAAUUCAGGGCACGUAUCACGUAGGACGCAAAUAUCGCUUGAGGGACCUGAAGAUGAUCUUGAUUGAUUUUUGGAUUAGGAUUCAUUGAUUCUGGUUUUGGACUCGUGAAUCCCAGGACUCAGCGUAGCAAAUUGUAACAAAAUCACUGCAAACCAGGUUUUUUUGUGUGAGUAGACAGGGAAACGUGUUUUCUCAUUUUCCUUUCUUUUUCAGAGAGACCAAAUGUUGGCUGCUCAUGAAAUGUUUAAGAAUGCAAACCGUGUGAGUCGAGCAGAAAAGGCUCUUAUUUUGGGAUUCAUGGCUGGUGCACGAGGUACGUUAACAGUGUGUACAUCUUUGGUGUUGUGUAGUGAACAGCAGAUAUAUACAGCUAUUUCGAGAAAGGUUGUCGGAAAAAGUCCACGCGACAAUCCCGAAAGGUAUUGUGGGUGGCUUUGAGGGCACUUUUCUUCAAAGAAAUUUGGAAGAAUGGCACGGGAGGCCAUGGACAUAUGUUUGCGAGUACUAAAGGAAAGCAACAAAAGUAGGUUCGACAGCUUCAGUCGUUACGAACAGUGUAUUGAUCAUAUCCCAUAUUACCUUUCGGGAUUGUCGCGUGCGCAUUUCUUCCGACAACCUUUCUCGAAACAGCUGUAUACGAAGUGUAAAAUUGCACUGCACUAAAACAUUUUUGCCGUUUUCUUCCUUCUUGCUUUUUCGUUGUUGCAGUGGUACCCUCAUGCAGGCGUUCAGAUAACGGAGUACGGCGCGAAGUCAGAGAGCGAAGAAAAAAAAAGGAGGGAGAGAGAAAUAAAUAGGAGGGAAACCUCACUCUCACCCCCUGCUGUUUUUCCUGCUCACAUCUUUUUGGUCUGCCCCCACAAUCUUAACGAAACAGGCUAUCGCAGUGGCUGCUUUAAUCUCUUUGGCUGGUUAUGUGAUAUUUUUUGGGUUUCAAUAACUUAAUACUAGAGACCUUUAGAUUCUGAGACGAGGACGACUACGAAUACGAGAUUUUCUUAGUACCAAGUAAUGCUCUUGCGUGAGCCAACGUCAUUUCGGCGGGAAGACGUGUUAGCCGUCGUCAUUCUACUACGAGAAUGUCGUAGUGGCGGUAACAAGUUAUCAAAUUUGAGAAGUUUAAUCAGUUUGCGACCCCGAAAGGGCCAAACCUUGUCCAAUAAAAAUAAUCGCGCUAAUUUUUCAGGUGAAAAAUAGUAGAAUGAAGCUUUCCGGGUUGAAUAUUUUUCGAGAAUACGCGAAAAAUCGUUAAGUUAUAUCUCGUAUUCGUCCUUGUCCUCAAAUCUAAAGCUCUCUACUUUGGUUUACUCCUUACAGAAAAACCGUACGCGCAUCAAGGACCCAUUAUUACUAUUAAGCUGAGUGAAAACACCGAGAACGUCACAGCAUCGGAUGGAUCACAGCAGACCCAACUUGUAGAAAUGUUAUUUGAAAUGAACUAUGACACAGGACACUGGCGGCGGCUAAAACGCACCAGAGUGGUGUCAAAACAAGGAGCAGCGGGUGGGGCACCACCGCAGAAAAACUGAAUCACAGGAUAUCCAGAUUUACAAAUGUCACAGAAUACGCAGCUUGUAAAAAAACAUUGGAAAUGAGCUAUGGCAAAUGUUACUUGAGUUUUAAUCUAAACAAGGAGCGCCGGGACCACUGAAGGAAAACUGAUCGCAACAUAGUACAGGUUACAAACGUCUCAGAAGACCCAGCCUGUAGAAAUAUUAUUUGAAAUAAACUUUGACGCAGAGUAGCGAGGAAGAUUGAAACCUACCGGCAUGGGAUGUAAACCACUGCAGAAAAACCCAGGGCUACGAAAGUCACAGCAGACCCAGCUUUUAAAACUUAUAUUUGAAAUUCAUUAUGACACACAACAAUCUGGCGACCGUUAGAAGUGUCGAAACGAGUCAGAACUAGAUAAUGCCAAUGGCGGCCCGAUUACACCCACGUGGCACCCACGAUUACAGAGAUUGCAAAAGCAUGAUAUACAUGUAAACAUCUAAAUGUCAAAGUAAAUGGGAUCUUUUUAUUAAAAAAAAGAGGAGUGUAAAAAGUGCUUGUGUAGUAAAAGAGUGUGAAGCACCAUUACAACUGAAUAAAAGCAAUGUAGCUUAAAAGAUCGAUUGGGCCAAAAGUUCAGAACUAGAAGACUAGUCUGUGACCACAAGAUAGGAAGGACACCAAAACUAUGACUGUGUGAUUUAUUCAAGGGAGCAGAGUCGAGAUCAUUG